AGAGCACACGUUGUCUCUCCAACCAGAUGCUCCAGCAGGUGAUUUCAUUGAUGAGCUCCUUCCCUCAACCUGAAGGUGUUGAUCAUUAAAAUCACCUGCUAUAGUGACCAGCUGGAAAGAUAACCUGCAGUGUCUCGGCCAGUCAUGAUACCCUUGCAAUAGAGGAACAAACUGGAAUUGAACGCACCCUUUUUUGCCUUUCUUCCGAGCUUCAGAGGACAGGGGAGAUGGAGAGCGUCGUCUCUUUUUAAAGGGAGUGGAUUUAGUGUCCUGACACUGACAAGUGGAAAAUUGGAAAAAGAAAUCAAAACAUUUUUUUUUAUUUGUAUUCCGCCAGGAAACUCGUCAGCUUGAACGCAAACCUGCUCGUCUCGUUGAUGAAUGCGCUGCCGGAGAACAACAGGUAAAUUCCUCUCGUCGACACAAUAAUCUUCCUCAUUCAUCCACUCAUUGAAAUCGUCGGUGUCCAAAACCCAGCCAGCGUGCACCUGGAGCACACAGAAAGGGGUAUAAGUGCUUCCCGAUCCACUGACGCACUGGCUCCAGCUGGGCUAAAGUAUCAGCACUCUCCCAGAACCAGGCUGAAGGACUGCUGUCUUUUUUCCGAUGUGCGGAGAACCCGGAGCUGGUCUGACUUGUCCCUGGAAACUCGAGAACCUGAGCCGUCAUGGGCGUCCAUGGCCUUACGACCUUCAUAGAGGGAAACAAUCUUUUCCUUUUGGAUGUGCGAUUCAGAGACAGCCGCCUGGUUAUCGACGGCAACAGUCUCUAUUUCAAUCUCUACCUGAAACACGGUUUGGAUCGCCAGCACGGAGGAGACUAUGAUGCCUUUGCAUCCAUAGUCUAUCAAUUCCUCUCAGCCCUGGAGGCCUGUAACAUCCAGCCAUAUGUGGUUCUGGAUGGAGGGAUCGACCCCAGCAACAAGAAAAUGAGCACUCUGAAGCAGCGUCUGCAGUCCAGGAUCCAGGAAGCAGAGAACAUGGCCCACGGCCGCAAUGGCUCUGUUCUCCCCAUCCUGACGAGGCAGGUCUUUAUUCAGGUCCUUAUUCAGAAGGGGAUCCCUCUGGUCCAGUGUCCCGCUGAGGCUGACUGGGAGAUUGCAUGUUUGGCUCACCAGUGGAGGUGCCCGGUUCUGAGCAAUGACAGCGAUUUUUUUAUUUUUGACCUGCCAGGUGGAUACCUCCCACUCAAUUAUUUCCACUGGACCCACCUUAACGGUAAAGCAUCCCACCGCUACAUUUCAGCUCGGCGCUACACCACAAAUGCUCUGUGCCGUUGGUACAGUGGACUGAAUCAGGAGUUACUACCGCUUUGUGCUGUUCUGACCGGUAACGACUACGGCACUCCAAAAGAGGCAGACACCCUUCUCGCUCUAAUUGAUGCGAGUAUGUUAAGUAGGAAUGGCGGCAGGGGUAAACGUAAUGCACACUCUUCCCGCAUCAAUCUCCUGCUUUGCUGGUUGUCCUCGUUUCCAAGUUCAGUCGACGCCUUAGCGGAAGUGAGCCGCCUAAUGGGAGCGGAUAGCAGCGGAGGCAAGAAAAAAGGGAAAGGAUCGCUGCGUUUACAACUGCAGGCCGGUAUGCAGGAGUACCAUAUCGCCCCCGACAGCCCCCUGGCUCGUUGGUUCUCUGAAUGUAGGACACCACCAGGAAGACAUGAAUUACCGUUACCCGAGUGCUUAUUAAACGCUGCGGCACAGGGGCUUUUAGCUCCCUUAGUGGUGGAUGCUUUGUUAAUGCGCAAAGUGCUGCUCCACCCGCAGGUAGAGAACAGCAAGCAACUAAGCAGCCAUUGUAGCGCUACAGCUAUACGUCAGGCCGUAUAUGGGAUAUUACUCCUCAAGGGGAAGCAAGGGGGUUCUGUUCAAGGCACUCAGCACACCGGAAAUGGAAGAUUUAGCCCCGAUCAAGCUGCCCGCGUAACGGGCCUGCAGACGCAAGUCUCCGGCACUCACGUAUACGUGGAGGAGUUGGAUCGACUUCAUCUCAACUUGAAGAACAACCAAGUGGAGGCGCUGCUGCUGAAAUCGCACGUACACCUGGAUACAAUCGAACAGGCACCUGCAAAAGUUCGUCUGAAUGCCCUUUUCGAAGUCUUACGGGUCAGUCAGUCUGCAAUGGCUGCUGUCCCCCCCCACUUGAGGCUGGCUGUAGCUGUAACAGGCUUCUGGCUGCAGGAGGCCGUACCCACGCCUUCGCAGCCCCAGCUCCAAGCGCUGAUCCUCGGAAUGGUGUAUGGACAGCUGGUGUUAAUGGAGCAGGGUGGAGCCAUUUUCUCCCAAAGUUCCUUCCCACAGCUUAACUGGUCAGUGGAGCGCAGUUUUCUCCGUUGGCUGGAUCGGCAACGUGUAAGGUCCCCGAGACAAGGCAUGCACAUCGGGGCGGCUCACAGUUUCAGCCAAUGGCAGGCCUGCCUCUGGAGUGCACUGUGUCUGAAUCAGUUAUUAUUGCUACCAUUGCCUGAAGUCCACCUCUCAUGUUUGUUCAGCGGUACCAUCGUGCACGGCCUUGUCAGCUAUCUGAAAGAGGGCGGAGCAACGGAGAGCCUCUUGCCCGAGUCGUCAUUUUCCAGGCACUUGUACUCGACACUCUUGCAUGCCGUGAGGAAUUGCAACUCCAAAGCGCACCCUUCUUCAGCGGGACGAGGUAAGGGGAGAGGCAGAGAGCAGGGACGGAGAGGAAGAGGGGCAUCCGGAGUAAGGAGAGGAAGAGGAGCGGGAAGGAGAGGGAAUGAAGGGAUCAGCAACAGGUUUGCUGUUUUAGACAUCAAUGAGUAAGCCUGACUUAAUGAUAAAUCAUGUGACCAAAUGGGGACGUUGUAUAGAUGCUAUGAAAAAACCUAUUGUAUCAUAUGGACAGUAUAGUUGCAGCUUUGCUAACGCUGACACUCUAAACAACGCAAAUAGCAACAGCAGGUACAUCCUAUUUUUAAUUAUAUACAUGUGUAAUGCAUUGUAUUCAUAUAUUCCAUUUUAAUCAGCAGCUUAUGUAAUUAGAAUCACUGCAACUUUGUAUAAUCCAUGGUUUAUUUUGCAAA